GCCAGCUAGCCUCGGCCUUCACGCAUCGCCGCGCGCCUCGGCUGCUCUGCUAGCCACCACCACCCACAUCACCUAUCUCUCAACCCGCCGCCAGAGGCGCAGACGCCUGCGCCGCCCAUGGGCGUGACUCUCUCGCGCCCGCUGCAGAGCCUCGAGGGCCACCUGCUGGGCGCCGCUGCGGCGCUCGACAACUUCCUGCGGCGUGCCGAGCGCGGCUUUGCCUCGGUGCUGCACUCGGCCUUCGGUCCGCUCUUCGGCUUCGAGCGCCCCUCCAAGAUCGCGCGCGUCUGCGACGACGACGGCGUCUGCUACAUUCCUGCCACGCAUGCCGCACGCCGCCGCAAGAAGGUCGAGCAGGGCCGCGUUGCCCGCCGUGCUGCCCGCGCCGAGCGAGCUGCGCGCGAGGUGCGCAAGGCGCGCGAUGCCGUCGAGCGCGGCGCCCGCGAUGCCAUGAGGCGCGCCGGUGAGCGCGCCGACGAGGAGAAGGAGCGCCUCGUGCAGUCCGUCGAGAGCGAGAAGGUCCGCGUGGCGCACACGAUCGACGCCGAGAAGGCUGCGCUGCUGCGCCGCGUCAGCUCCUCGGGCACGGCUCAGGCAGCGCCUCGCCGCUCGUCGCUCGAGGCGCAGGCCAGAGACAUCCAGAAGCAGGCUGAGCGCCGCAAGAGCGCGGCGCUCGCUGCAGUCGACGCCAGCGCCCAAGCUGCCCUCGCCGGCAUCCAGACUCGCAAGCGCGAGGCUGUGCACGCCGCCGCCGAGGCCAAGGAGCGCCUCGUCGUCGCCGCCGCCCGCCAGGCAGACCCCAGCGGCAACCAAUCGGCAGCGCUCUCGGCGGCGCAGAAUGACACGGCAGACCUGCGCGUCCGUCUCGACGCUGGCGCCCGCAACCUGGCUUCCGGCGCCUACGUCGGUCUUGCCAGCGCUGCUUACGUGGCGCAGCAAGGCGCCAGCCAAGCUUAUGCGUACGUCUCGCAGCCGUCGCCGCCCGCCAAGCCUGUCGUCGUGUCGCUCGGCGAGCCGGCCAAGGCUCCGGCGCCUCGCCCCGAGCACGAGCGCGAGACGGCAGCCGAGAAGGCCAAGGGCACGCUGUGGGUCCUAGGCAACGCCGCGCCCUCGGCCGCCACGCCGGCGCAGCCGGAUUUGUUUCCUCGCAAGAGCAGCAAGAAGGCGGCGCAAUACGAGGCGGCCAAGGCACAGGCAGCCAAGUCCGACGCCGCUUCUGCCGCUGCGGCGUCUGCUGCUGCAGCUGCCAGCGCUGCUGCUGCCGCUGCAUCGGCAGUCGCUCUUGAGAGCAUGGCAGCAAGCGAGCGCCACGUGACAUCGAGCUCACGCCCUGCUAGCGACGAGGCCUGCAUCACCCCGACGAAGGACGUCGGUGCCAUGCGCGGUCGCGGACGUCGCCUCGACAUUGUGCGCGAAGUCUCGAUCGGCGGCUCGCCCUCUGCCGCACCCGUGCAGCAGUUUGAGCCGCUCAAAGGCCACGGCCGGCGCACCAGCGGCAGCGAGCAUGGCAACAUCACGUACGUCGUGAUGGCCAAGUCGCCGUCGUCGGAGGGCCAGAAUGGUCCGCUUCCCCGCUCGGCAUCGUCCGAGCACAGCGGCCAGACGCGCAUGCGCAAGGUCAGCAAGACGCGUGCAACGGAGGCGCAAGCUGCUCGCGACGAGCCGAGCGCUACCAAGGCGCCCUCUCCGCCAGCCAGCACGAGCCCGCCGAUCUCGGGCGCGGCAAAGCGCUUCAGGCACGGCCACUCCUCAUCGCUGCCCGUCAACGCACUGUCGUCCGAGCCUGGUCUGCUCUCCGGUGCCCUGCGCCGCAACAAGCCCCGCCGCACCGAGCCGCCGACUCCCAUCGCCGUGCCUGCCGACUUCAGCCCGCCGCCCAUCCCGCCUCCGUCCGGCAGCGCCAGUGCGCGCAUGUUCUCCGCCGCGCGCGCCAGCUUCGACUCGGUGCGCGGCGCCAGCGCGCUGAGCGCCGACAGCGCCGCCAACUCCGAGACGGGCAGCGUCACGGGCGCACAGAGCAACUGCAGCAAGCCGUCGCUGGGCGUGGCAGACAUGGCCGAGCGUGCAUGCAUGAGCCGUCUGGACCACAGCCGCAAGGAGCGCCGCGUGUGGCGCGACGAGGUCAACCGAGUUGCGCUCCAGCGUUGCCAGGCGAACCAGGCGCGCGCCCAGCGCUCCACACCCACCUCGCCCAGCGCCGGUGCCGCCAGAGACAUCAGCGCCGCGCUGAACAGCGGCCCAGCCGACCUGGCGCGCCGCUCGAGUGCUCGCAGCAGCAACAGCCUCGCCUCGCCCAAGCUCGGCAAGAAGGCACGGCGCGUGAGCGCCGCUGCGUUCUGAGCUUCGUGCUGCGUGCUCUUCACUUCACUCGCGCCCCCCGGCGCUCCUCACUCACCACUGCGGCCCCAUACCCUCCUCUACGUCCCUCUAUUCUGCCGCCUACACCUCAUGCCCCAUCAUACCCCUUGUAGAUACGUG